ACGAAACCUAAACCAGGCUGACAAAGAUGGUAAAGAGAAGUUGCUGCUAGUAGUUCAGUUAGAGGAAUAGUGUACUUCUGUCUGCAUUUUUGGAUCUUCUCAGGACUUCUCUGAAGACUCACUUCCCCUGUCUUGUGACUGCUGGCAGCUGUUGGACUAUGAGAAGAAAACUAUAGACCACAGAUCAUGGCCUCUGCACCUACUAUGUCAGAUGAAAAAUCAAGCCCUAGUAACAGUGAAAGUGAGAGUGAUACUGAAAGUGAGAGCAGUGAUGACAACGACACCACAGAGAGCUUGUCCUCAUUUGAUCAAUCUGAGGAAGAAGGUCAUAUAAGUUCAGAAGACAUAAUAGAAGAGCCAGCUUCUGAGCAGUUACUGUGUGAAUUUGAAAUUGGUGAAAAGAAGCCUUCCGAAGUUGAAACUACAGACGUUAACAGCUAUGAUUUAGAAAGAUCAGGAUUAACUGAAUAUAAGGGAAUUCUGAAAAAGCUCUCAUCAGUGAUUUUGGAAAGUCUAUCAAAAUCUAAAAUGGUAAGCUUAUUUAAAGACUUUGUUGAGUCUGAAUUUCUUUUGGUUGACGGAGAUUCGUUAUUCAUCACUUGUGCUUUUAAUGUGAAUUUCAAGAAAGGACAAACUCUUCACUUCUUCUAUAUUGUAGAACGAUUUCUUCAUGAUUUAAUUCAAAAGGAAGCCAAAUUUGUAAUAGUUUUUUUUAAGGAUGCAGAAAAUAUGUAUUUUAAUUACCCUGUACUUCUGGCCCUCCGUACCACAUUAAUUCAACAUUUAGAAUACAAUACGGAUGUCACCGUUCAUACAGAAUUUUCCAACUGUUUGUCACCAGAAUGGGAGUUAUUUCUUAAAGAAUGUUAUCCAUAUUUCCUAAUUGUCUCAGAAGAGGGUAUAACACCUCAUCAAACAGACUUUUUAAACAUUUUUAUCAUUCAUGCUCUUCAGAAGAAAAUCAAUAUUGUACAGUCUUUGGGAAUAGAAUCAGAUGUCCUUAGAACUUAUGGACACUGUACCUUAAGUUCCUAUUCACAUAAACAGUUUUUUGAAAUGCAUGAGACACAACUGCAACAUGCUUUACAUGCCUAUGUAACAGAAUAUUACCGAAGGGCACAGAAAGCAGAAAUAUUUCUGUAUGGUCAUUUGAAACUAAACUUGGGACACAUGCAGAAAGAGGUACAUCAAACCUUGUCCUUGCUUCAGAAUCUGUGGCCAGAAGGAGCUGAUAUCAGAAGUGUUGUCUGCUCUAUUUCAUGCUCUGUGACACUUAAACUCUAUAAAAAAAUGUUACAGGAUGCACAAGACUGUGAAAACCUAAACACAUGCACAGAAAAUCAUAACAUACAGGACUUGAAGAACCCACCCACACUAAAUGAAGCAGCAGAUCUUUGCAGAAUGUAUUGCCUUAGUGUGAUUUUCCUUCAAUAUCUACCCCUGUUUCAAAGAGCUAAGAGUAGAAUUAUUACUUAUAUUUGGGACAGAACACUUCCACCAUUUCUAAGAAUGCUAAACAGAUGUCAAGUUUUCAUCCUAAAACAAUUAAAGGCUAAAAAUAAUUGGAAUGUGAAUUUCACUGGCCUGCCUGACUUAACUGAUAAUAGUUUAUGGAAAAAUAUUGCUUAUUAUUAUGAAAUUGAAUAUAGUAGAGGGCUAAAUUUGGGAUUAGGUGACACUUUGAUGCAGGAAUAUCAGAAGUUGUGGAACACGGUCUUAACAUUAUCAGAGGAUAGUGAUCUUGGAGGACCCAUGCCCAUGAGGACAACGUCCAGGCUGUUUCUUUCACAGACAAAAACAUCUCCUAGAGGAUCAAAUCAAGAAAUUCAUAAAUUGGGACUCAUUCCUCUGAAAGCUGAGAUUAUAGACGAUUAUGCUGGAGAUAUUUUGUCAGAAGUACCUUUUCUAAGCAGCGAUGAUCCAGCUGUUACAUCUCUUUGUAAGAAGAAAGAAUUUGAUGAACUCAUACACUGGCACUCUCAUAGACCUCUCAGUGAUGAUUUUGAAAGAACUAGGUGCAACAGUGGUUUUAAAUCCAAAGAUGCCAAAAGAAGAAGGGACAUACAAAAAUUACAUCAUUAUUAUCAUGUCUUUGGGAAAUCUUUGAUCGGGAGUAACAGGUCAGUAAGGAUUAUAAGAGGAAGAGCUCUGCCACCUCCAGAAAAUUCUUCUGUGCAAAAGACAAGAAAACACCAGAAGACAAAUGCAGAAAAAUUUAUUGAGGAAAAUCAAAAGAGACAGCUAGCUAAACUGGAGAAAAGAGAGGUAGAAAGAUGGAAUAACUUGUCCCUACAUAUUGAAAAGGAAAUUAAAGAAAAUCCUAAUUCUGGAAUAAAAAGACUAGAAGAUUUUCUCCAAACAUGUUCUGUUAAAUCUGUAAAAUUUACUGCAGAAAUGGUAGGAUUGGAUGCCUGUUUCAAAUUUUGGAUGGAAUACUGUUUAAAAGCAGAAGCAGAAUCCAGAGAUAUUAGCAUAAUAAUUAACUUGAUGAAAAGAAUUCACGUAAUCUAUGAAAAAUAUUCAGAACUAUUACAAAAUACACAUCGACAAAAAUUAGCCAAGUACCUAAAAUAUAUUGGAUUUGACAACUUGGCACAGUCAUUAUCUCCUCAGUUGCAGGAAUCAGGUAUUAAGAAGGAUAUUUCUAAAUAUUCAGUUCACAUGGGAGCAGCUCGGUUUCAGUUAACAUACAUGGGUCCUUACUUAUUUCGAGAAGAAAGAAGCGAUCCAGAUCCCAGGGUGCAUCGUUUUAUACCAGACACAUGGCAGAGGGAACUUCUUGAUGUUGUGGAUAAUAAUGAAUCUGCUGUAAUUGUUGCCCCGACUUCAUCAGGGAAAACCUAUGCCUCUUACUACUGUAUGGAGAAAAUCCUGAGAGAGAGUGAUGAAGGGGUGGUUGUGUAUGUUUCUCCAACAAAGGCUCUUGUGAAUCAAGUGGUAGGCACUGUCUGCAGUUUAUUUACCAAAGCGCUGCCAAAAGGAUUAGUGGUGUGUGGAGUUUUUACAAGAGAUUACCGUCAUGACACCUUGAAUUGUCAGAUAUUGGUGACAGUGCCUCAGUGUUUGGAAAUACUCUUACUAUCACCUCAUCAUCAACAGUGGGUGAAAAGGAUAAGAUAUGUCAUAUUUGAUGAGGUUCACUGUCUUGGGGGAGAAAUUGGAGCAGAAGUUUGGGAACAUCUUCUUGUUAUGAUUCGGUGUCCCUUUCUGGCACUUUCUGCUACUAUCAGUAAUCCUGAACAUCUCACUGAAUGGUUGGUGUUAAUUAAAAGAUACUGGCAACAUGCUGAGAGCACGAUGGAAAAUUCUGGUCCAGCUCAAAAUACCUUGAAACUUUCAAAGAAACAACAAAAAAAAAGAAUAGAAAAGCCAUCAUACAGAGUUAGACUGGUAUGGUACAAAGAGCGAUACAAUGAUCUAGAAAAGUAUGUGUGUUCCCUAAAGGAUAACGACUUUUUCAUUGAACACUAUCACCCGUGUGCUGCACUUACCGUCAGUCAUAUGCAGAAAUAUGGAAUCCCUUUAGACCUUGGAUUUUCUCCGCGGGAAAGUGUACUGCUUUAUGAUGCUAUGGUACACAUUUGGCCAGAAUGGACAAGAAUGCAGGAGUUAGAACCUGAAGAAUUCAGGUGCUUCAAAAAUAAAAUAGUCAUCAUGAGGGCAGAUGCCAAGCAAUAUGAAGAGGAACUGAAAAAGGAAAUGAUUCGUUGGAUUCAGCUGGACCCAAGCAAGGUGAAUCAGUUACUAAAGUACCUUAAGCCUCAAACUUUUGACAGUGCAGAAUCUGAAAAGCGUAGAAUGUUUCCCUGUUUUGUGGAAAAACUUAAAGAAAUGGAUAAGCUGCCAGCAAUAUUUUUUUUAUACAACAUUCAUUCAGUGGAAAUGUUAGCUUCACGACUUCUUACGAAUUUGAUAAGUAAACAAAAUACUCAUAAUGGUCCAAAUUCUGAAAGAGAGAAGAAAAUUUUGAGGAAGAAACUAUGGAAAGCAAUAAGGAUUCAAAGGAGAAACUGUGCUUUUUUUUUUAAUUCAGAUUCAGGUGCUAGAAUUCAAAGAAUAAUUUUAUUGGCAGCUGAAAUAAAGGAAAUAAGGAAAAACCUGAAGAAGUAUUAUGCAGUUUCUCCAGACUGUACUUAUACGGAUCGUACAGUUGUGGAUAAUCAGACUUUAACAAAGAUCUUACGCAGACUGAGAGGAACGAGGCAAAACUACAAACUGCAUUGUCUGUUAAGGCGGGGCAUUGGAUAUCAUCACGGUUCAAUGGAAUAUAAACAAAGACAAGUUGUAGAGAUGCUUUUCAGAUUGAAGCACAUCAAGGUGGUAACAGCUACCUCUUCCCUUGCUUUGGGAAUUAAUAUGCCAUGUAAAUCUGUUGUUUUUACAGAAGAUUCUGUUUUCUUGGAUGCCUUGAACUUCCGACAGAUGUCUGGUCGUGCAGGAAGACGUGGAGAAGAUCUUAUAGGAAAUGUGUUCUUCUAUGGUAUCCCAUUGCCUAAGGUAGAAAGACUCUUAAAGUCAGAUGUGCCGAAACUGAAGGGUCAGUUUCCUCUAAGCAUAUCCUUGGUUCUCAGACUUAUGCUGUUAGUUGCCAAAGCAGAUGACAAAAAGGAUGCCAAAGCAAAGGCAUUAUCCGUUCUCCAACAUUCAUUGAUGUCCUUCAAGAAACCGAAUAUCGAGUGCAUGUUAAAGUUUUACUUUAUAUAUUCUUUGCAAUUCUUGGUCACAGAGGGAUACCUGAAUCAAGAAUGUAUUCCCAUCGGAUAUUCUGGACUUGUGUCCCAUUUGCACUACCAUGAACCUGCUAACUUUGUUUUAGUAAGCUUUCUGGAGAAAUGUUUAUUCCACAAGUUGUGUAUUCCAGUCAACAUAGAUGGCCAGAAGAGAUUUUCUAGUGACGUGAUGGAAACUUUAGUGGUGGUGUUAGCAAAUCUGUUUGGGAGACUCUAUCUUCCUCCCUGUGAGAAAAAGUUGAAAAAGAGAUUUCCUCAUUCAGUGGUAAUUCUAGAUGAACUUCCCAAGGAAUUUGCUGAUGUGGUAAAGGAACACAAUAACAGAAUUGAAAAGAAUUUUGGUUCCUUUCUCCUAACAAUUUCUAAGUUGGCCGACAUGAGAAAAGAAUACCAACUACCUCUCUCAGAAAUCGACUUUUCAGGUAAAGAAUAUGAAGAGUCUGAAUUGGUCUCUCAUUUGAUGCCUGGAACUGAGAGCAGAACUGCUGUUUCUCCAUUUGCUUGCCUGUCAAAUAUAACUGAUCAAGAUUUAUUUGAUAUUGAUGUGGUAAAUGAUGCUAUGUUCCAAACAAUUGAUGUGAAUGAUAAAAAUAUUCCUAUCCUUUGCUUGGAAAAACGUGAUAAGAAAGGAAGGAAGUGUCCGCUGAAUGGUUACGUGUUGAACUUCUACAAAACCGGUUCCCUGUCAGCACUUACUUUGGAUAAUUGGUUAAAUAUGGGCGAUGCUUUUAAUUUAAUCAGAAGUUUCGCACUUGCUAUUCAGUCUAUCAGGAUUUCACUAAGUGAAUUAUGUGAUGAUGAAGAUGACAACGUUGUGUUAGCAUUUAAACAACUAAGUGACGAAUUCAAGGAAAAACUUGGGGAAAAAAUAGACUGAUAAUGUUAAAUUUCACCUAGUACUGUGCUCCUAGAAAACAAAGAUGGUCAAGAAAUGGCCUGCCCUUUUGUGUUUCAGGAAACGGAUUACUGCAAAGAACCACUCUUUUUUAUAUGACUUAGACUUGCAGAAGACCCCCUUGUAUACCGAUGCCAAUCCUCAACACACCCUCCAAAUUCCCAGUCUUUGUUUCAUAAAUGAUUAGCUGUACUGUUUUCCCCUGAAGACCAAUUUGGACAGGAUAUCAGCUAACAUAACCAACUAGAGUCAGCUUUCUCCCCUCGCUACAGGUUCUAAACUUUAAUCCUUAGGCUCCUCCUUAAAACUACCUGGAGGAACUCUCAGAUCAACUGUCCAAAUCUCAGAUCAACCGUGACUGGGAAUGUCAGCCAAAGACAUUCCCAGAUCAACUGUCCAAUCACACUACACAUUCACCUCAUCCCCUCACACCUGAUUAUUUCUAGCCUUGUUUUCUCAUCCCGAUAAAUUAAAAAUCUUUCCUGGCUGAUGUUCGAGACCUCUGAAAAUCUCAGUCAGAGCGUUUCCCUGACUGCAUUACCCAAGCCCCCCACCUUUCACUAUUGCAAUAGGCCUCUCCGCUCAUUACAAGUCUUUUCAAAUAAAGACUCUCAUUAUCAAAGUCCAGAUUUGUUUUUGAUUUGAUUUUUAUGCUGUGUGAAAGAGCUAAAAUGCAUUACCUAGCUAAAGUACAGUCCUCACCGUUUAUUGACAACUUAUAGAAAGAUGUCCUGGUGAGGAAAGUUUUUAUCGAAAUUCUCAUCAGGAACUCUAGCAACAUUUUUCUCCUAAGAAUUUUAGCUUCUAUAAUGGCUAUGCCAAAUGUCUCAAACAAUUACUACUUAGGGCUUGAAAUGUGAUUUUUUUAAAAGAUAGAAACUAAACCCAAUUUACAGUGACAUACAUCAUAUACCAUAGCAGUAAGUUGAAGUCAUGAAGAUGACUUUGGAAGUCUGAAAUGUCAUUGUGUGCUAAAUGUCUUAUAUUAUUCUUCCUAUUAGACACCAGGUUCUGAGUACAUUUUUCAUUUUUCCUUGAGACCAGUAGAAACAUAGGGAAUUGGCUAUAGGCUAUUGAAAACUGUUUCGUGAGGAAUAAAGCACCUCUAUCAGCUUCACCAGUUCAUCUACAUUUAUUGCAUCUGUGUUCUUAUUUCCCUGGCCUGACAUCAUUAAUCACUGCUUUCUAUGAUCUCAGUUUUUGUAUUGCCCCUUGCUUAUGUUGGGAGCCCUCUUUUGUGGACUCAUCCAUCCCUAUCUUUGCUUUUAUUCUUGGCUAGACUGUGGCAGUAGUCUAGAUUUCUCCCCAAAUCUGACCUCAGUGAGUAUUUUUCUUUUGCUGCGCCUAAUUGACUGAAUGUUGAGACACACAAGGUUCUAGGCUCUGCUGAUGGCACAAAGCUAAUAACUUCAAAAAGACUUUGAUGUUGUUGUUAAGAAGUGAAGACAAAUUCAAUGGGCAAGUGGUUGAUUAGGUACCAACAUAACAAAAAAAUGCCUUUAUUAGAGUGAUUAUAUCACACAUACACACACACACACACACACACACACACACACACACACACCUAGUUUUACAUCCAAGUCUCCUGCACAUCUAAGUCUGAAAAGAAUAUAUCUGACUGCAUUUUGCUGUUUUAUACCUUUAUUUUCUUUGAAAGAAUGUUCACUUUAGCUUUAUAACAUUUGUACAAUUCUUGACAAUUCUUCU